UUUGUUUUCAUUUCACUUCUGACUGUUUAGUAAAAGGCUGAUGUCAAUUUUUCUGGUUCCACUUCUGCAAGGCGAGAAGACAGUACAGAGCCGAUCUUACAACAGAUUGGAUUCGUACAUGAUUUGACUGAAAAAGACAACAAUCACUGUGCAUAGCAGUUUAGCAGCCAUCAGUUGACGUUUAGUGUUACCGUUUAUCUGAGACAGGGCAAUAAACUUCUAAAAUGUUUGCAAACUCAACUAAACAAUUUGUGAAAGAAAUUGAUACUGGUGGUCGCUUGAUCCCUCUCUCCAGAUUGAAUGAUUCAGAUCGGCUUCAUCUUUUGGGUCUGGUGAGGAAAAAGAAGAGACUUUUUUUCUGGCAAAAACCAAGAUAUUUCCCGACAUCUUUCACUCUAAAUGAUGUGCUCACAGAAGGUGAUCCCAUACGCCCAGUUGUGGAAGAAUCAGACUUCACAACAUUUGAGGGUAGCUAUGAAGACAGUUUUGCUGCAGAUGCAGAGGCUAAUGUUUUAGAUGGCAAAGUUGGUGCUAAUGGGAAGAGAAGUAUCAAAGUGAAGUCUUCAUUUGGACUGCUGAAAAGGAGGGAAGUUAAUGUUCCUCAGCUUCUGACUGCUGUUCAAAACAGGAAAAUAAAUGUUAACCAUCCACUAGUGCAACAGACACGAGAACAUGGUAAUGAAGUUCUGUGCAUUGUGAGAGAAAAAAUUCUAACAACACAAAAAUGCAGUAUAUCUGAACAUGAUGAAGGAACAAGUUGUUCAGGCAUGCUGGGAUUUAAUAAGCCAUCCAUAAAGGUUUCAGUGACGGAACGUGAAAGUAUACGCCAUGGUUCAGAUGUUGGCCUGGAGAUCCCAGCGGAGACUGCACUUGCAUACUGUAUCAUUGAGCUUGACGUCUUCUGUGAUGGGGGUUUUGAAUUGUGCCUGUUACCAGAUAAACCUGGAAGCUUCAGGAAAGAGUGCAUGAAGAAACCCUUAGGACAGAAUACUCAUGAAGUGGAAGUCGAUGCAGCUACAUUAUGUAAAACAAACAGUGAGUGCUGUCCUGGGGGCCAGAAAGAUAUCUGUGGUGGAACUCCAUUAAGUGCUCUGGAAGCAUGGCCAGAGAUUAAGGAAUACUUGAAGCCCCUCGCUGACUUACCAAAGGACAGACGCUCAAAGUUAAACAAAAUCUGCUAUGAAAUGCUGUUUAAUGGAGAACAGAUUACUCUGCUGGAAGACAUACUAGACAGUAUUUCUUCAGAAGAGAAACCAGAUAUGGCACAACUGAAGGACUUAGAACCAUCAAAGGAGAAAAGUAUUACAGACCUGCUUCAUUUGUUAGACGUGGGCACUGACCAGCCAAAUUCAGAUGAGCCUAUUAGUGGAAAUGAGGAACUUCUCAAAUCUUCUUACUUCUUUAUCAGUGCUAUGGAAGAAAUGCCUGAUGCUGGCCUUGCAGUGCUUGGAAUUUGCCAUGAGCUACAAAUUCUUCCAUCUUUGACUCAUUUGAUGACCAUAUCUUCUGAGCAUGGCUUGUACUCACUGGAGGACCCAGCAAUAUCAGCUUUUAAAGAUGAAUGGAAAUUUAAAGUAGCCCAGAGACUGUUCUCUUUAAGCAAAGUUAACCUUGAAGUUUUUGAAUCCACUGUAAAGGCAACCACCAUGGAAAAACCAGGAUUCCUACCUGUUAUUCUCUGUGUUGUUCUAUAUGGAUUUGCUGUACUACGUGAAGAUGCAUGAUUUCUGUGGACCAAAGUUUUAAUUAUAGAUCUUGCUCAGUUUGGUAAAUUUCCUUUGACUGCUACUCAGAGUUGUAACUUAACAGCAAAUUAAAGUCGAUUUUUAAAAAUUUAAUAAUUUAUUAAGCCAUUCCGUACAAAAAGGGGUAUAUAUUAAAUGUUUCCACCCUUAUUGCCAUUUGAUAUGUGUGUAUUAUGAAUGGGAUUGAUAAAGAGUCACCUUAAAGCAGAACUUGACAAACAUCAUUUACACAAACUUGCAGUGUGUAAUGCUAAUGAUGAUGGGACAGUGCAACUCAUAAAUGUCCCACUUUCAAUGCCAUGUUUUUAGUACAAAUCAUCCAAAAGGACUUCCAGAGAGUUAUACUUGAAAGCAGAGUGUAGUUUGCAUUCUGCUAUGCUGUUUACUUGCUGAUGAUUCUUAUACU